GGAAAUUACGAAAACACCCCAAUAACAGCUUUACCAAACUUUGAAAAAUCAAACACAAAUUAUCAUUUAAUUUCCAAACCAAGAACUCUCUCCGAGGAAGGAUUCGUCGGUCGAUCUGAAAAUGGGUUCUCAGGUAUCCAAACAGGUCGAACGGCGGAAGACCAUUCACACGGAGAAGAAAGCUCUGGUGGAGCUCCGGCAGACCGCCGGCGAGGAUUUUCCAGGGUCCGAUUACCGACCACCGGAUAGAAAAAAGUGGAUGACGAAUCUCGGCUCCGAAAGAACGCGCGUAAACCAAAUCGUUUGGCCAGGGACUCACGAUUCUGCUACCGACGAUAUCGGAAUUCCCUUCAUCACGCGCCCUUUCGCCCAGUGCCAAUCACUCUCCAUCUACGACCAGCUCGUGUUAGGCACGCGCCUUUUCGAUAUCCGUAUUCAAGAAAAUCGGUUAGUCUGCCAUGGAAUCCUCUCGACUUACAGCGUCGACGUCGUUUUUGCCGACGUAAAGAAAUUCCUCGCCGAAACACAAUCGGAAAUCAUUAUCCUCGAGAUCCGAACCGAAUUCGGCCACAAUGACCCGCGAGAUUUCGACAAAUACGUGGUGGAACAACUCGGCGAUCAUUUAAUCCACAACGACGAUCGCGUGUUCCAGAAGACGAUUAAGGAAUUGUUGCCGAGGAGAGUGAUCUGCAUUUGGAAGCCGAGGAAAUCGCCGGCACCGAAACGCGGCGACCCGUUAUGGAGCGGUGGGUAUUUGAAGGACAAUUGGAUCAACACGGAUCUGCCAUGGAAGAAGUUCGAGAGCAAUCUGCAAUUCUUGGCGGCCCAGGCGCCGGUAUCGAGCCGGAAGUACUUUUACAGAGUGGAGAAUACGGUGACGCCGACGCCCGAUAAUCCAGUGGUGUGUGUGAAGCCGGUGACGAGGAGGAUCCGUGGAUUUGCUCGGUUGUUUAUUAAUCAGAGCUUCGCGAAGGGCGUGGCUGACAAAUUGCAGGUUUUGUCGACGGAUUUUAUUGAUGCAGAUUUCGUGGAUGCUUGUGUUGGGCUCACCAGUGCAAGAAUUGAAGGGAAGGCCUAAAAAUUUGGGGUUUUUUUUUUUUUUUUUUUUUUAAUAAUUAAAUUGAUAAAUCUGUGAUUAAUUUGUGUGGGUUUGUUUGUGAUAAAUGUAUAAUUAUUCGUAAUUAAUUAGAGUUAUGCUGAAUAAAUGGUUAAACGGGA